UUAAUCAUGUUUGUGCCUUUCAGUACAGUUUGUUAUUUCCUGCAGAUACUGACAGCAACAAAGCAGGGUCUCAUCAUAAAGAAGAAAUACAGGUUCCCACUCCAAUCUUACCUAGAGUAGGAAUUUCCAUCUUAUACAAAUCAGCUGCAAGACUGACAGUGAGAAGUGAGAUAUAUAAAGCUGGUAAUGUGUGUUUAUAUCAGAAGAUAUUUUUCAAGCGUUUAAAAGGAUUGUCUACCUGUUUGCAGGAAUCUUUAAAUAUCCUGGAAUAUGGUAGAAGCAGUACUGAUAGAUCUGUUCAGCCUGCCAGCCAACUUGCAGAGCAACAUCCAAGGAUUACUGCAUAGCACGCUAGAAACUAUUGAGAAAUGCUCUUCCAUCCCUGCUCCAUUUGUUUAUGUCAUGUGUUCCCAGGGGCAGGGGAGCAAAAGGAACGGUGAACAAGAGUCCUUGCUUCCAGCUCUGAGAGAUUUUCAGAGUCUGAAGAAAAGACUGGAGGUGGUACAUGCUCUGACUACAGCUGCUGCUUUGUACGCCAUCAAACAAAGACUGGAUGAAAAAGACCUAAGCAUCAUUAAAAUUAUUCUCCCUACCAUAAGAAAAGACUUAAUGAAAGUGUAUGUAGACCAUCUCUUUACAGCAGUCUACCAGUUUGAAUUUGAGGAUUUACAGGUGGCAUCUGAUUGUAAAAACCUACAGAUAGCUGAACCUCAGAGUGAAUGGCAAACGCUUCCUACGCAGGAUGUGGUGCUCAUCCAAAGUGAGAUUCAGAUGUGCUUGGAAAGCCUGCCGAGCCUGAAAGGGGAGCUCACCAUCCUCAGAUCUUCCCUGAUCCCAGAUGAUAUCUUCCUGCAUGGCUUCACCACAAGGACAGGUGGCAUCUCCUACAUACCAACUCUAAGCUCCUGCAAUCUCUUCAGCAGUUCCAAGCGGAGGGACCCACAAGUUGUUGUUAAAGAGAAUCUCCGCCGGCUAGCUAAUGCUGCAGGAUUUAACCCAGAGACUUUUCACAGAGUCAAGAUCGAUCACGCUAAUGCUGUGUGUAUUAUGGGAAAGACAGAGCCUGACAGUUAUGAUGGAAUAGUUACGAAUCAGAAAGGUGUUACGAUAGCAGCUCCAGGUGCUGAUUGCAUACCAGUGCUGUUUGCUGAUCCUGUCAGAAAAGCCUGCGGUGCUGCUCAUUCUGGAUGGAAAGGCACAUUGUUAGGGGUUUCGAUGGCCACAGUAAAUGCUAUGGUAUCUGAAUAUGGCUGUAACGUGAAAGAUAUCCUUGUGGUGCUGGGCCCGUCUGUAGGACCUUGCUGCUAUAAACUUCCUCACGAAUCAGCUAAAGAAUUUCACAGAAUUGAUCCAAAGUGCGUGAGACUAUUUGACUCUCCAAGUCCUUAUAUUGAUAUUAGAAGAGCAACACGUGUUCUUCUGGAGAGUGGUGGGAUUCUUCCCGAGAACAUCCAAGAUGAUUCUGUCACAGACCAGAACCAAAAUAUCACUUUCUGUACUGCAUGCCACCCUGAAAAAUUUUACUCUCACUUUCGUGAUGGCACUAACUUUGGGACACAGAUUGGCUUCAUAUCAAUCAAAGACUGAGACAGUAUCUCCUACUCUCAAAUAGUAUUUCGACAAUAAAUCUGGUGCAUUGUCUGACA